UCGUCCCCUUAGGAAGAAGACCAUCUACAAAACGGUGUGCCUCUCCUUCUUGCUGGUGAUCAUGGUGACGGUGCUGCAACGGGGAAUGGCCCCCAGCCAGUUCAUGCAGGGCCAGCAGCAGAAAGAGCUGUCCCCUCCGGAGUCCCUGAAAACGCAGAAGAGAGACAAUGCCUUCUCCAUCACCAGCACUUUCUGGAAGAGCAAGAAGGAGAAAGCUCUUCUGAAGGAGGAGGAGAGCGUGACAGCAAAGCACGCGAAAUCCUGGGAUGUCACCACUACCAACUGCUCGGCCAACCAGAAUUUCAGCAACAUGGACUGGUUCAAAGGGCUGGAGCCCAACUUCCAGCAGUUCCUGCUCUAUCGGCACUGCCGCUACUUCCCCAUGCUGAUCAACCACCCCGAGAAAUGCAGCAGGGACGUCUACCUGCUCAUUGUGGUCAAGUCUAUCAUCACGCAGCACGACCGCCGCGAGGCUAUCCGGAGGACCUGGGGCCAGGAGAAGGAGGUGGAUGGCAAGAGGAUCAGGACGCUGUUCUUGCUGGGCACGGCCUCCAAGGAGGAGGAGAGAGCCAACUACCAGAAACUGCUGGAUUACGAAAACCACAUCUAUGGGGACAUCUUGCAGUGGGAUUUCCUGGACAGCUUCUUCAACCUCACCCUCAAAGAGGUCCAUUUCCUGAAGUGGCUGAAUAUCUACUGCGACAAUGUCCACUUCAUCUUCAAAGGUGACGAUGAUGUGUUUGUGAGUCCCAGCAACAUCCUGGAGUUCCUGGAGGACAAGAAGGAGGGAGAGGACCUCUUUGUGGGGGAUGUCCUCUACAAGGCCAAGCCGAUCCGGAAGAAGGAGAACAAGUACUACAUCCCCAGCGCCCUCUACAACAAAAGCAACUACCCACCCUAUGCAGGGGGUGGAGGUUUCAUCAUGGAUGGGCCCCUGGCCAAGAGGCUGCACAAGACCUCAGAGACGCUGGAGCUGUACCCCAUCGACGAUGUCUUCCUAGGGAUGUGCUUGGAGGUCCUUCAAGUAUCACCUAUUGGGCAUGAGGGCUUCAAAACUUUUGGCAUUGUGAAGAACAAGAAUAGCAAGAUGAACAAGGAGCCAUGUUUUUUCCGGAGUAUGUUGGUGGUUCAUAAACUGCUGCCUCCAGAGUUGCUCCAAAUGUGGAACUUGGUCCAUAGUAACUUGACGUGCUCGAGAAAACUCAACGUCCUUUAGCUCAGUCUCUCUGGAGAGCUGGGACUGGAGGGGCUGGGACAACCAAUCCCUGCUCCGGGAUGGGGUGGGCCUCUGCUGGUGACACACAAGUCCUUCGGGGGCAUCUCCCUCCAGGGCAAGAAGGGCAGAGACACUGCGCUCGCGGGCAGGGUUUGCGAUAGCGUUUGUUCCUGUACUGCAAUGUGGUUCACUUAUCUCCAGCUGGGUUGGGGGUUGCUGAAAAA